UCCCACCACGCUACGCUCGGCCCUCCCUCCCUCCCCGCCACCACCGUCCACUCGGCGGCCGCGGGGAAGGAAGAAAGGCGCAGAGGAGGCCGAGGCAUGGAUCCACAGCCCCCUCCACCUGCCCAGGGCAGCCCACCUCACCGUGGCCGGGGCCGUGGCCGGGGUCGAGGCCGUGGCCGGGGUCGAGGCCGAGGCCGGGGCAGGGGGGCUGCUGGAGCCCCUCGGGCGCCCCUGCCCUGCCCCACCUGUGGCCGCCUCUUCCGCUUCCCCUACUACCUCUCGCGGCACUGGCUGAGCCACUCGGGCCUGCGGCCCCACGCCUGCCCUCUGUGCCCCAAAGCCUUCCGCCGGCCGGCCCACCUGUCCCGCCACCUGCGCGGCCACGGGCCCCAGCCCCCGCUGCGCUGCGCCGCCUGCCCUCGCACCUUCCCGGAGCCCGCCCAGCUGCGCCGCCACCUGGCCCAGGAGCACGCGGGCGGCGAGGUCGAGCUGGCCAUCGAUAGGGCGGCCAAGGAGGUGGCCGAGCCCAGCUGGGGCCCGCAGGACGCCGCCGCCGCCGAGCAGCCCAGCACCGCCGCUGCGAGCGCCCCGGAGGAGACGGCGUGGCCCGAGACGUGGGCCGCGGGGGAGCCCGCCUCGCCAGUGGCCCCCACGAGCGCCGAGCCCCAGGAGCCGGAGACCCAGGAGGCCGAGGCUGGGGCGGCGGAGCUGAGAGCCGAGCUGGCGCUGGCCGCCGGGCGGCAGGAGGAGAAGCAGGUCCUGCUCCAGGCCGACUGGACGCUGCUGUGCCUCCGCUGCCGCGAGGCCUUUGCCACCAAGGGCGAGCUGAAGGCGCACCCGUGCCUGCGCCCGGAGGGCGAGCAGGAGGGCGAGGGCGGGCCUCCUCCGCGCCCCAAGCGCCACCAGUGCCCUAUCUGCCUCAAGGCCUUCGCCAGGCCCUGGUCGCUGUCCCGCCACCGGCUGGUCCACUCCACCGACCGCCCCUUCGUGUGCCCGGACUGCGGCCUGGCCUUCCGCCUCGCCUCCUACCUCCGCCAGCACCGCCGCGUGCACGGCGCGCUCAGCCUGCUGGCCCCGCUGCCCUCGGGUGGCAAGAAGGACGACAAGGCCUCGGGCGCACGGAACUCAGGGAGGGGGCCGGAGGGCGGCGAAGGGGCCGAGUGUGGGGAGGGGGCAGAAGGUGGGCAGAAUGGAGACGAUGCGGCCCCGGCCCGCCCUCCUGCCGGAGAACCUCGCUUCUGGUGCCCGGAGUGCGGCAAAGGAUUCCGGCGCCGGGCGCACCUGCGGCAGCACGGGGUGACCCACUCGGGGGCGCGCCCCUUCCAGUGCGUGCGCUGUCAGCGCGAGUUCAAGCGGCUGGCCGACCUGGCGCGCCACGCGCAGGUGCACGCGGGUGGCCCAGCCCCGCACCCUUGUCCGCACUGCCCACGUCGCUUCUCGCGCGCCUAUAGCCUCCUGCGCCAUCAGCGCUGCCACCGUGCGGAGCUGGAGAGGGCGGCCGCGCUGCAGGCGCUCCAGGCCCAGGCCCCGCCGUCGCCUCCGCCGCUCCCGCCACCCCCUCCCGCGGGGCAGGACGAGGAAGGGCUGCUCCUGCCCGUCGCACACAUCAAGGAAGAGCCGCCCUCCCCCGGGACCCCACCCCGGUCACCGCCGGCUCCCCCUGUCUUCCUCAGCGCCUCCUGCUUCGACAGCCAAGACCACUCAGCCUUCGAGAUGGAGGAAGACGAGAUCGACAGCAAAGCGCACCUGCGAGGAUUGGACGGCCUGGCCUCCUGACCCUCACACGCCCCCUCGCCCCUCCCGUUGGCCCCCCGGUUUGCAAUAUGGAGGAGAGAAGCUGAAGGAGAGGACCCCCUCCACCUGCCCACCCUGCCCCCUGAGCCCUGACACUAAGGAGGGGGGCCUGGACCGCCCCCCUUCCCUUCGCCCACCCCCGGGUCCCCCCUGAUGCUGGUUAAGAACUGCUCACCCAACCGUGUCUGAGGCAGGACCACUUGGAAAAAGGAGGGGCGGGACAUUGGCCAGAAGGACGGAGACUGGGGGACCCCCCCCUGCCUGCCGGCUGCCCUCUUUGUACACACUGGACACCAUCACCUCUUUGGAACUGCCAGACCCUGGGGGAUCCCCAGUGAGCAAAGAUCUGUCCCUGUCCCUUUGUCUGUCUGUGAAUAAAUGUGAGUUCGU